AAGGGGAGGGUCUGGAACUGCUGUGUAAAUGACAGACGGACAUUCGCUUACUGAAGCUGUACAGGAGACUACAUGAUUAAAGUCUGUGCCUGGGGUGUGAUGAGAUGACAACCAGCUAACGCCACCCUACACCCUUAUCCGUGAUGGAUUCCGAAGCGCAGCAGAAGCGACCAAAGGAGCUGGUCCUGCCAGGCUCCCCCGGGCAAAGACUAGCUGGCAUGGCCAGCGCCAAGCACUACAUGUGUGGCUAUUGUGCUGCCUUCACCAACAUUGCCAUCACUUUCCCCAUCCAGAAGGCCUUGUUCCGGCAGCAACUCUAUGGCGUGCGGACCCGGGAUGCUGUGCGCCAGCUGCAGCGUGAUGGUCUGCGUAACCUGUACAGGGGCAUCCUACCGCCGCUCAUGCAAAAAACCACCACCCUGGCUCUGAUGUUUGGCCUCUACGAAGACUUUUCUAGUCUUCUGCUCCGGCACACCAGCGCACCAGAGCUGCUGACCCGCAGCAUGGCAGCUGUGCUGGCAGGGACCACUGAAGCCAUCCUGACCCCUUUCGAAAGGAUCCAGACCUUGCUGCAGGACUACAAGCAUCACAACCGCUUCAACAACACUUUUCAUGCCUUCCGCGAACUCCGGCACUAUGGCUUCAGGGAGUACUAUCGAGGGCUUGUGCCCAUCCUGCUGCGGAACGGCCCAAGCAAUGUGCUCUUCUUUGGCUUGCGAGGUCCAAUCAAAGAGUGCCUGCCGCAUGCCAACACAAACAGUGCCCAUCUGAUCAACGACUUCAUCUGCGGGGGUCUGCUGGGGGCCAUGCUUGGCUUUCUCUUUUACCCUGUCAAUGUGGUGAAGGCACGCAUGCAGUCCAAGGUAGGCGGAGACUUCCAGUCCUUCCGCAUCGUUUUCCUUACUAUCUGGAAGGAGCGGGAGGGCAAGGUGACGCACCUCUUCAGGGGCGCGCACCUCAAUUACCACCGCUCUAUCUUGUCAUGGGGCAUCAUUAAUGCCACCUACGAACUCUUGCUCAAGCUGCUCUGAAAAAAAAUGGGGACUGUCAUUAAACCAGGCUGGAAAAAAGUUUGUGUCUGGGAGCAAUUAAUUUGUGGAGGAAGAAAACUGUUAGUGCUCAGGGUCCAGGGGAUUCAAACCCCUUGCCUGCACAUCCAGAUGGAUUUGCAUUCAAUGUUUAACUGUCCAGUUAGUUGGUUGGCUUUGUGUUUUUAGGACUUGCCAAGUUCACCGGAAGGAAGUGUUUUACAUAUGUACUGCAAUUUGUGGACAUUUUCUUGACGGGAAUUAUGGGAUUUGUAACAUUUAAUAAACCAGAUGGGAAUUUUUUUUAUGUCUACAUCACACACCACUGUGAAUAGUUACAGUAGGCAGGGUUUUAACCUGGAUCUUCAUCCACCAUCAUCCUAAAGUAAUGAGUUGCAAAGGAAUAAAAACAGAAAAGUCUACACAUGACCACUUUUAAAUUCUUUCAAUAGCAAGAAAGGACACAAAGGUAAACCUACAUUAGCAAAUUGUUUUUGAAGGUUGAAAGUGUGUCAUAUUUGAUUCCCAGAUCAAAUUUCAGGUAUGGCCAUAUGUGCUAAAAAUGGUCAGUAUAUAUAUUGUGCUCCCCUAUAUAAGCAUUUUUAUGUCAAGCACACAUUGUUGGGCAGAUUUUCUGCCAGUCAAAUUUAACCUUUUUGAAGACAUUGGAAAAUGUGAUUUUAAAGUCAUUCAGUAAUGGCACUUUUUGCAUGCUUAAAGAAUUUUGUGAACUUCUGAAGGAUUGCUUAGAAUGCUACUGAAGUCGAAGCUGCCAGCAGUGUCAUGCAGAGCUCUGAUUUCUGUAUAAAAACAAUAGGGUUUUCUCAAGAGUUUAACAGUGUUUGCAAGGCAAAUUGAGCCCUAAGAUUAAGGACUAAAUUUCUAAUCCCAGUAGCGGUAAUCUGUGAUUCUUCUGGCAUUGAGUUCUGUUUUAAACAGCUUCUCAAUCCAAAGACUAUACCAACCUGAAAGCCGUGGUGAUGAGGUUUAGAGCCUGAAAGCCAGAACACAAAAAGCAGACUAUUCCUGGCUUUAAAAUUUUGUUUUGAAAAUCUGUGUUGUGUUUUUUUUAAGAAUAAAAAUGUUAUUGAUAUAAAUGCCACCACUGGUUAAACAGGUACAUUAUAAAGGGCCAAGGUUAAGAAAAUAUACAACAGUGCUUGUGUCAUUUUAAUCAUUUAAACUGCUCAGAGCAAUUCGCUAAAUCAUGUUAUGUUGACUUCUCCACACUGGUACGUUCAAAACCAACAUUUGCUUUACCUUGAGAGUUUACAGUUGUACUAAUAAAAAAAACAUAUAUAUAUAUAAUUAGUGCCUAUAGAAAGUCGACACCACCUUGAACUUUUUUCACAU